AUGGAGCCUCCCAGGGGUGCCCGGGCCUGCUUCUCAAAGGGCCUCCUGCUCUCAGCCUCAAUACUCUGGACGCUCCAGAGCUCCCAGGCGGACCUCUACAUCCAGAAGGUUCCGGAAAAGCCUCUACAGAACGAGCACCUCCUCCUGUCCGUCCAGGGCAUACCAGAUGCCUUCCAGGAUUUCAACUGGUACUAUGGAGAGCGGACUGACGGUAGCACCAUGCUGUUCUCCUACUUCCCAGGGCUGCAGCAGCCCCAGAGGAACGGCGACGCCAAGGGACAGCGUGACAUAGUUGGCUUUGCCAAUGGCUCCAUGCUGCUGCGUCGCGCCCAGCCCAGCGACAGUGGCACCUACCAGGUGUUGGUCACCAUCAAACCCUCCUGGACCAUGCAUGCCAACACCAGUGUCCAGGUGGUGGAAAAGCUCCAGGAGCUGCCCAGUACACACUUACCUAUGGACAUCGGUAUGGUGACCGCCAUCAUCAUCGGCUCUCUGGCCACGGGGGCCCUCCUCAUGGGCAGUCUUGCCUAUCUCCUAAUGAAGAGACGUUGGGAGAACCAGACCCUCAGAGUGUCCCCUCCAGGAGGCCAGGGGUCUUUGUCCGUCUUGGUCCCAGCUGUGUCCCCGGUGCCUACAACAGUGUCCAGCGAAUGGAUGACCCCCACAGAGAAGCCAGAGCUGAGCCUGAAUGGUAACGCUGAGGACGACAACAUCUAUGAGGUGAUGCCAUCCCCAGUCCUACUGGUGUCCCCGCUCAGUGACCAGGGGCUCAGGAACUCAGCCAUGCCCCCACCCCUGCCCCUGCCCCUGCCACCGGACCUGGAGAACCACCAUUACCAGGACCUGCUACACCCGGACCCUGCCCCUUACUGCCAGCUGGUGCCGGGCCCCUGA